CUCUUUAUCCUUUGGCUGAGUCAUGUAGCUGACCGAAUACACUUGCAUCACCCGAAGGCAGCAGGUAUCCGGGCAAUUGUCAGAGUUGGAAUCCUAACUUAAGGUUGAGGUUCCAUACCGCCGAUUGCCCCGCAUUUCUGUAAUCAUUCCCGUUGUCUUCAUUUGGAAAAUGGACAAGUUGAAAUCGCAGAUGUAUUCGCCUGAACUUCAAAGAAGUGUUUAACUGAGCGAUCGAUUCGCGAGUCAGGCCGAAAGCCAUCCCGCAGGAAGCAGCAAGCUCACCCACCUGAUAGGUUUGGGGCCGAAGUCGAUUGAUACGAAAAUUAGAGCACAAAAUCUUGCCCUAAAAGUUGGUCGUGUUAAGCGAUCAAACAUUGCAGCCCCCAAAGCACGCCCCCCCAAACAACUAUAAGACACCUAUCGAAUCCUCACGCUAACAUAGUCCAGAAUUGUUGCAGAAAUGGUCUCCCAAUCAGUCCUAACGGCCGCUUGCAUUGCUGUUGGUGACUUUCUCCUGCCUUCUCCCGCUUCAUCGGAUAAAGAAAACGCAAAGGAAUGCACUGAUCGGCAAUAGGCGACCGAAACAAGUGUGGUUUUACCCGUCAGCCACCCCUGUCAGACAUUAGCACAAGAAAAUCACAGCUUAGGUUCUGUUACGCAUGGUCAUGAACAAAAAGAGGGGUAAGGGCAAAAGGGAGGAGAGGGGAAGCUUGCCUUGUACUGUAUGUGUGUCGCGCCACUGGCUAUUAGGAUAUGAACUGGUGCCCCUGCAUCUCAGAGUCCUUCUUUUUAGGUCACAAAAGAAUUCGAAAAAACCCACAGGGGGAAAAAAAAAGCAAGAACGGGUCAUUCAAGGAAUAUUGCAACUGGGUCAACAUUGGACAGGUGGCAACGGCUGUUGGCAGCAACAAGAUCCUGGGGGCCAAAAGCCAACUUCUUUGGUCUACCAUGGCGUUGGAGACCCAGUCGAAAGGUACCUUCGCAAAGUAGCCUGGGAGGAACAAAGGUUCACGACGAAUCGUUUACCAUCCGAAAAAAUAAUGCUGGCUAGAUCGGGAGGAGGGAGUAAGUGAUAGCUUUAAGUGUGGGUUCCAUUAGCUUCGACGGUUGAUUGAAACGCGUGUAGCCGGUGAAGAAACGUUAGACAGUAGUGCUACGCUGCUGUGCCGCAAUGGGCUGCCAUUUGACAUGAUAUUUAACAACAAUUCUAUCACCAUGGUGAUCCAAUGAAUAUGAAGGUUAGUGAUAAUGUUGAGCCCGAGUCAAAAGUUUAUCAUACAUAAUGAAUCCGUUAGUCAUAACACUGAAAACAUACAGCGCUCAAAUAUGCUGGAUUGGGUUAUCCAAUAAAAUACCCAAAAAUAAUAGAACUAACUCCGUACACCAGGGUAUACAAUGUUUCCUCCCGUUGGAAAUUGACCACCUUAAAGCAAGUAACAAAAGAAAUCGAACUGGAUGUUUUGCCCUGGGUAUAAACGAAAAAAAAGUGAAAUGCAAAAAUCUAAAGUUACAAUAGGUCUAGAGACCGUAGUAAAAUAAAAUCUAUAUCCAACCCAACAGCGCCACAAGUAGGUCAAAGGUUCGCGGUUAAUUGACGGAAAAUCAUAUUGAAUCUGCUGUCCCGAUGACUCAAAUGGCCGCGGUAAAGUACGGUCUCAUGACGAACAAUGUCCAAAAUAUCAACAGUCUGAGCCAGCCAGAUAUAACCAGGAAGACAAGUAAAAAUGCGAUUAUCCAAAUAGAUCCUCAUCCGAAGGAACAAGUUCUUCUGUAACUGCUCUCUGCUUCUUGCGACUCUUCUUCGACUUAGUCGUCACUGUUGGUUGGACGGGGACCGGGGUAUGAUGUCGCUCGUUGACCGGCUCGAGUGGUGUCUUCUCCGGGUCUAAAUAGAUGCUGCCAGCAGAGCUCUGCUUCGCUGUGCUUGGCGUGUUUAAAAAUGAAAGUGCUGGACUGGUUUGGAAGGGCUGCCUGUCGCCGGAGGAAACGAAUGUGCUGCAUGGGCUUCUGGACCAAACAGGUGUGUUUGAUGAUGAUGCUGUGCGAGGUCGGCUAUGAUAUGAAGGGUGACGUGGGAUAUCCGACAUAACGGGGUCCACGAAACUGGCAUCAGAGCUUAUGGUUGAGAUUUUGCUUCUGUGCUUUUCGCUGUCGUUCGAACUGGGUCCUGUAGGUGACAAUUUUGAUUUGCCUAUCCCGGCCAUUUCUUUGAAAAAUUCCUCGCUGGCAGGCUUGUAAACGAAGCUAGGACCACCAGAGUUCCGCGCUGAGGGAUUUGGCGUACUGCACUCCCUCUCGGUGCGAGUCAAUGAAGGCUGGGGAUUGGAACUCGGGGUAUCCUUUUCGUCUUCGCGGUCACAAAGGCAGCAUUUCACCCAGAUAUUGGAUCCCUUUCCGUUGCUAUCUUGUUCAGCACCCAGCAAGACUUGUUCCCCAGAAGCUGUCGAAUUUACUGGCAGUUGGUUCCAGCCCCCCGCCAUCGGUGCGGUAAUAUUAGGAUCCCCAAAUCGCUCAUCAAGGACUCUUCGAUUUCCAUUCCGUCGGAUUCUGCG